GGCAGCGGCGGAGCCGGGGGAACGACAGCCGGCAGCAAGGCACGGGAGAGCACAAGCAGUCACAGAGGAACGAGAAGAUGCGAUGUUCAAACCACGAUGCAACACAUACACUCAUUCUCUCUGCUCACGGGGACCUUUCUGAACACUGGGCUACAGCUUCAACCAACUGCCCUCCGAUAAGGCUGGUGAAAGAACUAGGAGACCAAAAUAUUGUUCAAAUAGCAUGUGGGGACCAGCACGCCAUGGCGCUCUCCAGAGGAGGUGAGCUCUUCACCUGGGGCCGGAACACCCAUGGUCAGCUUGGAGUGGAGACCCAAACCACAUUCAUCCCCCAACCACAGCUGGUGAAAAGCAUAAAGGGCAUCCCACUCGCUCAAAUUGCUGCUGGAGGAGCUCACAGUGCUGCCGUGUCACUCUCUGGAGCCGUGUACUCCUGGGGAAAGAACGAUUUUGGACAGCUGGGACUUGGAGACACAAAAGACAGGAGCUGCCCAUCAUACAUUGGAGCGUUAGAGCACUGGAAGACUGUAUUUAUCGCGUGUGGGGCAGAUCAUACUGCAGCUCUCUCCAAGGAGGGGCUGGUGUGCACCUUUGGAGCAGGAGGGGCUGGCCAGCUUGGUCACAACUCCACCCGGAAUGAACUCAGGCCUCGCGUGGUGGCCGAGCUGUGUGGAGCAAGAGUUUCACAGAUUGCCUGUGGCAGAUGGCACACCCUGGUCUACGUCCCCUCCUUGGACAAAGUCUAUGCGUUUGGUGCUGGUGAAAAAGGAGAGCUGGGAGAUCGGCCUAAUCAGUUGAUACCACUUCCCAUCGAUUCACCAGUGAAUACUGGAAAAUCCCCUCAGGGAAACAACACAUCACAGAAGGUGACUGAAAUUAUUGCAGGAGAAAGACAAAGUAUUGUCCUUUGCAAGAACGAGAAUUCCUAUUUGAAUGGUAUUGCUACUCUGAAGGAUGAAGAUGUGGAUGCAUGGAUUUCCAAUUCCAGUUUGCAACGCCGCUGGAAGAGUAUAAAAAAGAAUAUUGGACUGAUCUUUUCAUCUGAGGCUUGCAUCAACGGAAGCUUCCUGGAGAAAAGAGAUAAACAUUUCAAAACUUCCAAAGAAUUUUCCGGUAUAGACUUGUCAGAAGUGCAACGUUUUUAUAAGAAGAUCUGCACGAAGCCAAAAGUCUUUGAGGAGGUGCAAAACGUGAUCAAGAUGUUAUUACUACCAUCAUUGUCUUCCUCUCCCAUCUCACCUGAAAAUUUCAGAGUCUACCUGAUCCUGCCUUUCCUUCUGCAGGGAGAGGAUGACAACUCUUUCCAUUGUCUCAGGCUGCUAGCAGAAGCCAUCAUGAAGCUCCGGACAAAGGACCUGAAAACUCUUGAAUGCCUGUGGUCAAAUCUAGAAACAUCCUUUUUCGAGAAGCUGGUCGUUCUAUAUCAGAAGGUUUCCCAGAAAAACCUGUCUGAAUUCAUCACCGAAGUCACACACCAACAAAGAAACAUUUCUGCCCUGCAGCCCCGUGAAACUGUGACUCUCCAAAUACUGCAGACUCUUUACCAGGUGAACUCCAGGACUGGUUUCAGAGUACAAGAAAGCAAGUUCUAUGUGGCUGAAGUGAAAGGGAUUAUCUUAUGCUGUUGGGUCGCUGCUCCAGGACUCUCGGCCAUACACAAGCUGACCAAAUAUCCGUGCAUCUUUGACAUGGAAGCCAAGACCAUGAUUUUUUCUAUGGAACGCCAAGUCCUGUCCAGCCCCUUCAAUGAUGCACUCUUCGCACUGAUGUUCCAUGAACAGUCAGUUUUAACAGUUGAUAGACACCGCCUUCUGCAAGACAUAUGGACCUAUUUAAAUUCCGCACAAACCUCGCAUUUCAGAAAGAUCUUAAUGGUGCGCUUCGUGGGCGAGGAAGGAGUGGACGAAGGCGGGCUGUCUCAGGAGCUCUUCAGCGUCGCCGCCAGGAGCCUCUGCCAGCCCCACAGCGGGGCCUUCCGCAUCCUCGACUCCGGCGUGGCCUGGUUCCCCACUCAGGUGUCAAGCGGCGAUGACAUCUUCUUCCGAAUCGGGACGCUAUGCGGAAUGGCCCUGUAUAAUGGGCGCAUGGCGCCCUUCCCCUUCCCCAAGGCUCUCUACAAGAAGCUGCUGGGCCUGGAGCCAACCCUGGAGGACUUCAAGGAGCUGCUUCCGGACGAAGGCUGGAACCUUCAGAGAAUUUUGGAUGAAGAAUCUGAUCAAUACCUUGAGAGCCUGGACAUGAACUUCACGAAAAUGGAAGAAGACGGUUCCAUUGUUGAACUUAAACAAAAUGGUGCCAACAUUCCUGUCACUAAGGAUAACAGGAAGGAAUUUGUUGACUUGUAUGUGAAUUAUGUGCUCAAUGAAUCGAUACAGAAGCCAUUUGGGGACUUUAAGAAAGGAUUUCUAAGAGGCUGCCCAGCUGGAAGUUGGAAGAUAUUUCUCCCUGUACAGCUUCAGAUUAUUCUCCAGGGACACACAAAAUAUGACUGGAAGUUGCUGCAAAAGAAUGUGAUAUACAUACAGUACGGAAUGUUAGAUCAAACCAUCAAGAAUUUUUGGACUGUGUUUCAUAAACUCCCAGAAGAAAAAAAGAAAAAGUUUCUUGCUUUUUUGACAGGAUCUGAUCGAAUCCCUGGCUAUGCGCAGGAAAACUUUACAUUUGCUAUCAAAGAUCCUGGAAAGGAAAAUCCGGAUGAGUUCUAUCCUUAUGCCAAUACCUGCUCCCGCAUUUUGUUCCUCCCCAGAUACAGCAGUAAAAAAAUACUCAAGAAAAAGCUGCUCUAUGCCAUAGAGCAUAAUGAAACUUUUCCGUUGCGCUAGCCCUUGGUCAGGAGCACUUUAAAGCAAAAAUAAGACAACAAAUCUUUGUUUCAUUUGUCAUAUUUUUGUCUUAAUAACUCUGGUUUACUGUUUUCUACCCUCCCUUAUGUUUACUGCACUUUAUAAACACUUGAGUGUGUGGAUUCAUUCAGAUUUUUAUAUUGAUUAUAAAAAUGAGCUUAGAUCAGAUACCUGAUUGUUAGAUUGUAAAGUUAGGAAAGAAGAAUCCUAUUUAACAAGCUUCCAAGAAGUAAGCUGAUAACCAAAUUUAUUUACGUGUAGGUCCAUCCUGUCUGCGUUGUGCUGGUCUGGUUUAGGUGGUGAGCUUUCAGGGGUUCUGUGAUUCGAGAUAUCUGAGAGAUGUUCUUCGGAUGAGGAUUUGAUCAUUCCUAGGCUUUCUUAAAAGUUAUAGCUGUAAAGCAUUAAUGGGCUUUUUAUUAUUUAAUGUGAUGACACAGUGGUGUUUGUCAUGUUUCUUUAUGCCUUCCAAGGAGAUGUUUGGGAAUUAAAUCAAACAACAUUUGAGGCUUGCAGAACAGCUCUGUAUACAGAACCCUGUGGACACGAGGCUUGCAGGGCUGCUGGAAGCUCAUUGUCAAAAGAGUGAAUAGCCCUGGUGGGAUAUUGACAAUGUCAGCUGGGAUGUGUGUUUUUCUUUAUAUUUUGCUUUCUGUAAAUAUAUAUAUAUAUAGAGAGAGAGAGAACAAUCAUGAUUUUUCAGCAAUCCUCUUGUCUUUCCUUUGGUGUGUUAAAUGUGUUAGUGGACAUACAUAUGUAAAGAAGACUUCUACUGUGUUGAAUUAAGUGAUGGUUGAUUAAAUUUG